AUGGGAGAGUGGGAUAUCUACUGUGCGAUUUGCGGGGCCCCUUUUUCCAGCCGGGUGGAUAUUGACCCGGAAGGAACCGAGGGGAAUCGUUACCGCUACGAGAUCCUCAAAAACUCCAGCUUGAAAUGGCUCGAUGAAGUCCGUGCCCUAGGGAUCAAUGCGGACUCACCCGCAACCGAUAAAUCGUACUUAACUGGUCUCGGUCGUUACUCUGGCAUGGGGUGUAUAGAUGCUGCCACCGGAAAUGCUUCCGGUGUUGACUUACCCAGACCCGCUCUAAAACACACCCAUAGAUAUCAGGAUUAUAACGACGAGGAGGCCCCACAUGUCUUCCCUUUCCAUUCCAUCUGCUACGAGGAAAUUCUUCUGCGAUGUCUGUGGAAAGUGUCCAGGCAGCUCCAACGCGAAGUUCUCUUUAACGCAUUUGAGGCUUUGCAGGAUGAGGGCUACGUCAGGCUGGACGUGGACUACGGAGCACCCGAUCCGCCGGAAGAACAAUACUGGGAAGCCACCAAGGGCGAAGAGGUCCUGAUGGUGAACCCGGUCAAGAUCCCCGAAUUGGAUGCUCAACUCAGCCAGAUCGCCAAGUUUCGCGGGAAGGGUAAUGAGUCGAUGGCGAAGGCAUGGCCUCCGAGACAGGAUAUAUUCAGUCGACUGCCCAUUGAGCUUCGUCUUGAGAUUUUCAGAGCCCUGCCAGCUGGCUCGAUCCUUUCUGUGAAGGCUGCUUCUGCCGUGAUGCAUGCGACCCCCUUGACUGCCAGACUUUGGAGGCAGAAGUUGGAAUGCGAGGUGCCGUGGCUGUGGGAAAUUGCGGACUACAACGUUUUCCAAUCCCAGGCGGCGGAAUCUCGGGCUUCAGAGCUGCUGCUC